GUCUUGCCCACAUGAGCGUGUUAUAAAUUCACCACAGCUCAUUCCCACAACACAGUCAACCUCCAGCCACGAGAAGAGCUACUUCUGCCAAAUUCCAAGACUCUUAACGAGCAUUUCUUCUUUUGAAGACGAUAAUGGAUCCCUGCGAGUGCUCCAAGACUGGAACCUGCACCUGCGGUGCAUCCUGCAAGUGCACAAACUGCAAGUGUACAUCCUGCAAAAAAAGCUGCUGCUCUUGCUGCCCCUCUAGCUGCAGUAAGUGUGCCUCUGGAUGCGUGUGCAAGGAUAAUCAGUGCGAUUCCAAGUGCUGUCAGUGAAGACUCCAACGCUCUUACCACCAUGGGAAUUUGUCUUUUUUUUACUGCCUGUAGCAUGUAGCCUUCCCUGAGGUUUCUUUAUGUGUAAAUUCCAAUAAACAGAAUCAGGGGUACCUGUCCUUGGUAGUGGUGUUUUUGUCAAACUUGUUGCUUUUGAAUUUAAUGGUGUUGGGAUUUUUUUUUUUUUUUUUUCCCCUCAUGUCAACUGUAUGGUAUUUGUGUAAGACCUUUUUGUUAUUAAAGCACAUUUGAAGAGUUAGAAGCCUUGGUGUCAAAUGAUAAUAUAAUAUAUAAAAUGUAACCUUUUCUUACAAACUUUGUGGAUAAUAAAGGUUGAAUUAAAUCAGAA